CGAUCUAUUCGGAAUGACAUAUGUCUGGGGCACGACCGUUAGGCUUUCUCUAUACCAUAGAGCAUGUGCUCCAAAGUCGAUGUUUGCAUUUUGGCAUUCAAGGAUAUCCUACACGAUGACAAUGUCUCUUUCCCUUGCAAAUGCAUCACACACAGGGUGUUUACUGUGUUAUGUCGGGCCUCGUAACGUCACAGACAGACAACAGAAAUCGAAGCAGACUACUGAAGACAUAAUCCGAUCUUUCGUACACCAAUUCGACACCACCAACUUGCCGUCUGUCUCGGAUCCCGCACUCGAAGAUCUUUGCAUGAAGGAGGCCGAGCAUAGAGGAUAUGCCCUCGAUGCACUCAGGCCCUACCUAGUGACCGGACUCAACAUUACUGCCUCUGCAUACCAUCAUCUCGACGAUGUCAACGUGAAAGUAUACAUUGCCUUCUACACCACGUUUGCAAUAUACUUCGACGACGUCUAUCCUGAUGACCCCGACGCCCUGGUCGGAGUUCCUAUUUUUACCAAGCACUUUGCAUCCUCAGAGAAGCAGCCAAACAAGAUGCUAGAUGACUUUGCGAACAUCCUGGCAGAAGCCUCCCAGCUGUUUGGCGAAGUGACUGCUGAAUUUCAUCGUCCAGGCGAUCCUCAGAGACACGAAGUAUAUCUGAGCCGGUCACUUGCUCAUCAAAGGCGGCAGACGCACAAAGUUGAAAAAUACGCUGUAUUUCUUCGAGAGCUAAGCGGAAUUGCGGAAGCUUACGCCGUGUUCAUUUUCCCCACCGAGAUGCCAUAUUCCGUAUACAUCGAAGCUCUUCCUCUCCUCCGCGAAGUCAUCUGCUUCAUAAACGACGUCACAUCGUUCAAGGAGGAGCUUGACAGUGACAACCACAAUCUGAUAUCAAUAUUGGCUGAAGCCCGCGGCGAGCCAAAGACGAAGACCCUUUGCAACGUGGCGGAGAA